AUGCGAGGCAAAACCCUAUACGUGCCUCCUAGCAUUUUCGGCCUCAACCUGUGUAUCGAACUCAACGGGGAAGGAGAGGAGAAGAAUGAUGGGCGAGGAAGGGGGGGGAAAAGAAGAGAUGGAGAAGAGGUACAGGGCUUCUCCUCAGGGCCCUUUACUCGUGCAUGCAACAGUGGAUGUACAGCGCGUAGCUAUGUCCUGAGCAUGCCUGUACCCCAAGGCACAGGGGUACCCCAGGGUGUACCUGGGGGCCCCCCCUCUCAUCCCUCACCAUCAGGGGGCCCCCCUCUACCAACUGUACCCCCACCGUUGGGCUUGCAUCCUGGGGGCCCCUCUCCUGGGGCCCCUCCUGCUGCGGCUUCUCCUGCUGCUGCUGCUGCUCCUCGUGUUGCUCCACGGGUACCCCCUGCUGUGCCCCCACCCAGGCCAAAGCCUCCUCCGCCUCUUAGGCAGCAGAAGCUGCAGCAAAAGCAGCCGCAGCCGCAGCAGCAGCCGCAACAGCAGCAGCAGCCGCAGCAGCAGCCUCAACAGCAGCAGCAGCCGCAGCAGCAGCCGCAACAGCAGUCACCGCAGCAGCAACCGCAUCCAGUGCAGCAACAGCAGCAUCAGCCGCAGCAAGUGCAGCAGCAACUGCAGCAGCAACUGCCUCAAGUGCAGCAAUUGCAGCAGCAACAGCAGCAGUCGCGUCAGACUUCUCCGCAGCAGCGUGGUCAGCAGCGACAACAACAACAACAGCAGCAGCAGCAGCAGCAACAAGCAGGGCAGCAGCCGCAGCAGCUACCAGUGUCUGCAUAUCCGCAGCGACAGCAGCAGCAAUCAAAGCAGCAGAGAGGCGGUGGGGGUACAAAUGGUGGGGGCCCCCGUGAGGGUAAAGGGUCCCGUCAGCGGUCGGGUGGUCAUGGGGGCCCCCCAUCAAAGAGGAAGCGUGGGUCCGGCAAGCACGGUGGCAGCAACAGCAGCAGCAGCAGCAGCAGCAGCAAUACAGGUCAUGGUCAUGGUGGUGGUCCUCAACAUCAUCAUCAUCAACAGAAGCAGCAACAACAGCAGCACCAGCAGCAGCACCAACAGCAGCAGCAGCAACAGCAGCAGCAGCAGCAACACUAUCGUAGUGUAGUAAAGAUGACGAGUAACGAAUUAGGGAGAAGAGGAAGAGACAGAUUAUUACUAGAUUAUGCACAACAUUUUGUUAAUACAGGAGAAAGACCACAAAACUUUAUUAGGGAUACAGAACCAGAUAAAAGAUUCAAUGCUUACUUCAGGCAAGAAAAAGGGUUAAAAGAAUUGAUGGAGUUGAAGAGACAGGUCAUAUGGGCAAGGGCUACACCUGCCCAAUAUAUCCGAGUAGGCUAG